AUGACGCUCGCGUCGCUGUGCGCGAAGCUCCGCGAGCUCGUCCCAUCGUCGCCCCCCGCGUCGGGCGCGCAUCCCCCGCCGGACCGCGCGCGAUGCUUCGUCCUCCUCGCCGAGAUUUCCGUCGCGAUACGCGCGUGCGACGCCUCGCUCGUCAAGGCGUCCCAGCGCGAGAUGGAGGAUUUGCUUCUGCGCAUCUGCGUCGGCGGCUGGGCCGGUCCCGCGGUGCGCAAGAGCGCGUCAGACGUGCUCUGCGCGCUGUUCGCGGUGGGCAACUCCGUCGCGCUGUACGCGCGCGUCAACGAGCUCCUCGCGGUCGUGACGAGUCCGAUCGAGAAGGGCGCGGUCGCGGCGUCCGCGUCGCAGCACGUCGGCGCGAGAGUCGGCGCGUUAGAGUGCGUCGAGACGCUCGCGCGAGGAGGUGCGCGCGCGCCGCCCCAGUCGAUUCCAUGGCGCCGCGCGUUCCUCCACACUCGCGUCGAGGCGCUGAAAGUCGCGUUGCGAGGCGUCGCGCCGACGGCGGCGGCGUCUUCCUCCUCGUCGUUCGGCUCGUCCGGCUCUCUGAAAUCGCUCGCGGCGGUGGACUCCGCGGAUCGUCACGACGGCGUCGUCGCCGCGGCCGCCGCGCGGGCCAUCGGCGCGAUCGCCGCCGCGCCGUGCGGCGACGGCGGCGGCGUCUGGGGCGAUAAGCCGCCGGGGAUCGCGUCGGCGCGUAAAGGCUCGGGCUCGCCGUCGUGGUCGUGCGCGGGCGAGGAGGCGUGCGCGGCGCUGGCGCGGGUGAUGGAGGACGGCGACGCCGUAGCGCACGCGGCGGCGGCGGCGGCGCUGGGGCGGCUCGCCGCGACGAGGCUUCGCGGGGGGCGCGGGAGCGGAAACGGCGGAAACGGCGGCGGCGGCGGCGGCGAAGAGAAGAGCAAAAGCGGCGACGCGCCCUCGGCUAAGAAGACUUCUGGGUUCGGUCACAAGCGCGGCGGCAGCCACGGCGCGAAGUCCAUGGACGCGGAGACCGCGGCGGCGGCGGCCGCGGCGGCCGCCGCCGCGAUCGCCGCCGCCGCGGGCCCGCUCGACAUGGACUCCCCCGCCGCGGCGUCGCGAUGGGCGGAGACGACGCGCCUGUGCUUCGCCGAGCCGUUCGCGCGAAGUCUCGGCGGCGGCGGCGGCGCCGCCGCCGCGCGCGGGAAACGCCUCCGCGUCGGCCUCGCCGCGGCAAUCGUCGCGUUCGUCCGCGCGUCGAACGACGCGUGCGCGCCGGGGUCGCUCCCUCCGUCGCUCCUCGCUCGCGUCGCGACGGACGCGCUCCGAUCCGUCCCGGCGGGGGGGACCGACGCGUCGUCGUCGUCGUCGUCGUCGUCGUCGUCCCCCCAUGCCGCCGCGUGCGCGCUCUACAUCCUGCGCGCGGGCGUCCUGCGCCACGUGGACGAAGCCGGGCAGCGGCUCGUGCUCGGCGCGCUGCUGGCGACGCUCCCCGGCGGUGAGGCGAGCGACGGCGUCGACGCGCGCGUCGCCGCGCGCGCGAUCGCCGUCGCGAUCGAAUGCAUGGGAAGCUUCGCCGCGGAGGACGCGACGUUUCGGGAGACCGCCGACGCGCUGACGACGGCGCUGAGGGUGUGCGGGGAGAGCGAGGGCGAGCGCGGGGUGUCGGAGUGCGCGGCGGCGGUCCGCGCGCUCGCGGCGGCGGCGCCCGCGACGGCGGCGGCGACGUUGCGGCGGACGCUCGAGACGAUCCGCGGCGGCGGCGGUGCGGCGGGCGUCGGCGCCGUCGUCGGCGCCGCGGCUGCCGCCGCGGCGCUGACCGCGGCCGCGGACGCGCUCGAGCUCGGCAUACCCGCGGGGUUACUCCUCGACGCCGCGCUCGUCGGCGGCGCGGUCGCGUACGGCCCGCCGUCCGCGUCGUUCGAGUCGAACGCGGCGAAGGCGCGGGGGUGGGACGUCGUCGCGGCGGCGAUUCAAAACGGACCCGCCGCGGACGUCGCCGGCGCCAGCUGUACCGCCGCCGUCGCGGAGGGGUUAUCCAGGGCGUUCGACGCGAGCGCGUUCAAGGCGACGGCGGAACGAGGAGACGGGGGGGAGGGCGCGGUGAACGGUCAGGGCGCGGUGAACGCGCGCGCGGGCGCGAAGAAGAAGGACGCCGCCGUCGAUCGCCGCCGCCGUCCGGGCCCGGGCCCGGGCCCGCCCGCGGAGGAAAUACGUUGGCGCGCCGCCGCCGCGUCCGCGCUCGCGGCGUUCGCGUCGAGAUACCCGACGCACGAGCGCGUCCCGGGGCUCCUGGACGCCGCGCUCGCGUGCGCGGGAUCUUGUGGCGGCGUCGGCGGCGGCGGCGACGACGACGACGACGCGAUCUCGUUCGCGUGGCCCGCGGACCCCGCGGCGGCGGCGGCGACGGCGACGCUCCGCCUGCGCGUCCUCGAAGCGUUUCUCGCCGCCGCGUCGGCGUCGCCGCCGCCGCGCCACCAAUCGCUGGUCGCCGCGUGGCGCUCGCCGUUCGACGACGCGUCCGGCGCGCUUCUGUCGCUGUGCACGUCCCCCGCGCCGGGCGGCGUCGCGACCGCGGCGCUGCUCGCGGCGUUAGACCGCGCGGACGACGCGCUGGGUCCGUCGCCGCGGGGCCGCGACGCGCUUCUCGACGAAUUGCGAUCGUUCGACGGCGCGUCGGACGCGCCAGAUUUGGUGACGUGGCGACCGUUGAUUGGCGGCCCGCACGGCGUCGUGAUGGACGAAUACGGCGGCGGCGCGUUCCCGGGGAACGUCGGCCUCGCGUCCGCGCUGAGGCAGACGCAGGCGGCGGUCCUCGCGCGCGUCGCCGUCGAGGGCGGAGAAAACGUCAGACGCCGGCGCGCGGCGGCGUUGGAUUUUUUGACGCGCGAGACGCUCGCCGCCGCGGGCGAAGAACUGUCGGAAAACGCCGACACCGCGUCGUCAGACACCGCGACGUCCGAACGCGCCGCCAGCGGCCCGAUGAGAUACUUCAAGUCGAAGAAGCCGCCGAGAGGAGGCGACGACGGAGAAGGCAAACGCGACCGCGGCUCGACCGCGGCGCUGACGAACGCGUGCGCGUUCGCCCUCGCGGUGGCGUCCGCGUUCGAAAACGCUCCUCCCGCGUCCGUUAUCGGUCAACAUUCGUUAUCCGACGACGAGAGAACGGACGUCGGGAAGACGUUCGCGCGCCUCGCGAGCGUCAUCUCGCGCAGCGCGCACGGCGCCGCCGCGCACUGGCGCGCCGCCGCGUCCCUGGACGCGCGCGCCGCGCGCCUCCACGGCGACGCCGUCGCCGCCGUCUCUUCCAAAUCAAACGCGCUCCUAUCCCUCCCCGCGACGCGCUCCGGCGGGCCCGGAGACCGACACCUCGGCGGUGGUCGCGCCGUCGUCGCGAUGUCCCUCGCGUCCGCGUUUCGAACCGCGGGCGCGCUCGCGCACGGCGGCCGCGCCGUCGUCGCGGCCGCGACGCGAACGCUCUCCGCGGCGGCGACGCAAGUGGACGUGACCCCCUCCGGCGUCCACCUCUGGUCGCUCCACGCGCUGAGCGUCGUCGCGACGCACGCGGGGCCGGGGUUCCACGCGCACGCUGACGACGCCUUGCGGCUCGCGGCGGCGCUGCUGGACGCGCCGGAGGCGAGGUACGCGCCCGCGGGGUCGAAGGUGCGUCCUGUUGUACACUGGUCCCCAUACGACCACGUCGGCGGGGGGGUGAACGCCGCGGCGUCCGCGGUGGGCCGGCUGAUCAACGCGUGCGUCGCCGCCGUCGGACCGGAGCUGGACCCGCGCGGGGAGACGUUCGCGCUCGCGUCCGCGCUCAUGACCGCGGUCGGCGGCGGCGGCGCGGACGUGGACGCGCGCGCGAACUCGAAUUUGAAUUUGAAUUCGACAGACGGCGACGGCGGCGACGGCGACGGCGAGGACGACGACGGCGACGCCGCGCGCGCGCUCGAGGCGGCGACGUUUCUCAUGCAGCUCGCGCUGUUCGCGCCGCACGCCGCGCCGCCGUCGGCGCUCGUGCCGCGGCUCCGACGCGCGCUGCGCGCGGGUCAGCCCGCGCUGCGCGCCGCCGCGGCCGCGACGCUGCGGCACCUGUGCGAGAGGGACGCGAGCGCGGUGUCGGACGCCGCGGCGGCGGGCGGCGGCGGCGGCGGCGGCGGCGGCGACGACGACGGCGGAUUAGAGGCGGACCUUCUCGCGCUUUUGGACGGGUUCGGGGACGCGGACGCGAAGACGUCCAACGACGCGCGCCGCGCGCUGUGGCUGCUGACGUCCGCUGCGGCCGUCGACCGCCCGGUCGUCGCGCUGCGCAGGCUCGCCGCGGUCGCGCUGCACGCGGGCACCGCGUCGGAUUCCGGCGGCGGCGGCGGCGGCGGCGACGACGUGCUCGAGGACGACGGCGACGGCGACGGCGACGGCGACGGCGACGGCGAAGACGCGCGCGGCGCCGCGACCACCUCGCGCCGCGCGCGGCGGCGGCAGCGCGGCGCGCCUCGGCUCGCGACGCAGCUCCUCGCGGCGUCGCUCAUGGCGUCGGUGCCGUCGCGCGUCUCCUCCGCGGACGCAGCGCACGUCAACCUCUCCGCCGCGCGCGCCGCUUCAUCCGCCGGCCGCGGGAAGCACUGGCUCGUCCUCAACGCGCACCUCGUCGUCGACUUGGGGUACGGACUCGCGACCGCGCCGUCGCACGCGCUGAGACCGGCGGGAUUAGCGCUGCUUCGCGGGCUGACGCGACGGCUGCGAUCGACGACGGACCCGGACGUCGACGACGACGACGCGGGGUUGAUGGAGCAGUUUCAGGCGCAGGCGCUGAGCGCGCUGCGACCGGCCGCGGACCCGCGCGCGUCGCCGAGGAGCCUUCUCGAGGGCGUCGCGCUCGCCGCGGAGUGCCUGCGCGCGCGGAUCGCGCGCGGGGACGUCGCGGCGACGCGGCGGCUCGUCGCCGUGGUCGCCGCGCCGGCGAGGGCGUGGCUGUUUCCGAAUUCAUCAAACGCGAACGCGACGACGACGACGGGCGGCGGCGAAGAAGAAGAAGAGGACGCCGCGCGCUCGUCGACGACGCACGCGAUGCUGACGGACGCGGCGGAGUGCGCGGAGGGGAUCACCGCGCGGUUGCGCGUCGCGACGCUCGCCGCGCUCGCGCGCGUCGCGCGCGCGGCGGCCGCGGACGAGACCGAGGCGUUGACGAACGCCGGCGUCGACGUCGCCGUCCUCGCGCCGCGGUGGCUCGACCUCCUCGCGGACUUCGCCGCCGUCGCCGCGAUGGGCGGGCCGAGAGCGUGCGGCGUCGACGCCGCGCGCCGCGCGCGUUUGAUGACGCAUCGUUCUUCUUCGAACGCCGCCGCGGACGCGGACGACGACGACGACGACGCGCGGGCGCGGGCGCGGGUCUUCUCCCGAGAUGGAAACGGAUGCGCGCCUCGGCUCGGGCUCGUCCCCGCGGCGCUUCGCGCGCGCGGCGUCGUCUUCGCGGACCUCGCCGCGGCGUGGCCGGAUGUCCUCGACGCGCUGACCGCGGCGAUCGCCGGCGAGGCCGCCGCGGGGGUCCGAGCGCGCGGCGUCGCGGUCGCGGUCGCGACGCCGCGCGGGUGCGUCGCGUUCGUCCUCGCGUUCGCGCGGAUGGCGCUGACGCGUUCGCUGUCGCUUCGCUCCCGCGACGACGACGACGGCGGAAACGGCGGCGGCGGCGGCGCGCUCGCGGCGCCGUUGAACCCCGCCGCGGGGGACGGCGGCGUCGACCUCGAGCGCGGCGCGCCGAGCGACGCGCAGGUCGCACUCGCGAUCCGAGCGGUGCGACGAACGAUCGCGGCGGCGGCGAAGGCGGGGGAGGAUGAGGAUUCGGAGGGGGCGGGCGCGGCGGGGGACGAGCUCGUCGUCGCCGCCGUCGACGCCGCGACGGCGGCGAUCGCGUCCGGGACGGGCGGCGGCGACGGCGCGCGCGAGGCGUCGGCGCUCGUGGACGCGAUCGUCGCGUCGCUCCCGUCGGCGGGAAGUACGAAAACGGCGGCGUCCGAGGCGCGCGCGUUCGCCGCCGCGUCGCUCGCGGCGGCGACGGCGAACGCGGCGGCGCGCGCGGCGACCGACGCCGACGCCGCCGCGCCGCGCGUGACGAGACGCGUCGCGGCGUUGCUUCGCGCGAUCGCGCGCGCGACGGACCCGGGAACGGAGGCGUACGCGUCGUUGCGGACGUCGUUGACGGUGCUGGCGACGCGCGCGCUGACGGCGACGCGCGGCGGCGACGACGACGACGACAGGGAGGAAGAGGACGACGUCGCGGCGGCGUCGUUGUUCCGCGCGCUCUUGACGCGCCCGCCUCUCGGCGGCGGCGACGGCGGCGACGCCGUCGCCGCCGCCGCCGUCGCCGCCGCGUGCGCGGCGACGCGCGACGACGGCCGCCGCCGCCGCCGCGACCUCGACGGCGCGUUCAAAGCCGUCGCCGUCGCGGCCGCGCGCGCGCCGACGCCCUCCGACGCGGCGGCGGCAACGGCGGCGUUGAUCGCCGGCGUCGACGGCGGCGGCGGCGCGGAGACGGCGGAGAAGCAGGCGGCGGCGCUCGCGGCGAUCCGCGUCGUCGUCGUCCAGCCGGGAACUGGUAUCGGCGGCGGCGAUGAGGACGACGCCGAGGAGGAUAAGGACGUGGCGGCGCGCGCCGCGCGAUCGGUCCUCGCGCGCGUCGGCGCGGCGGCCGCGGCGGGCACGCGCGCGCGCGCCGCCGUCGUCGCCGCCGGCGCUCCCGCCGCGCCGGAUGACGUGCUCGCGGUGGCCGAGGGCCUUAAACUGUGGGCCGCGGCGUUAUCCCUCGCCCCCGCCGCGGACGCCGACGCCGACGCCGACGCCGCGUCCGCGUCCGCGCGCGCGGAGAUCCUCUCCGUUCUCCUCCCGCUCGCGAUCGACGCCGCGGAGGCUGGGAACGACGCGCUGCGGACGGUGGUCGGGCGGCUCGUCACGCGACUGGCGGGCGCGCACGCGGACGCGUUCAGGGUCGUCGUCGGCGGGCUGUCGCCGGAGACGAAACAGAGGCUCGGGCGCGCGCUCGCCGCGGACGGCGGCGGGGGUCGAGGCGGCGGCGGCGGCGGCGAGGGGGUCGUGACGGCGCGAGCGCCGCCGACGAUCGCGCUGAAGACGUCGUUUUAG